GUUCGAGGAAGAGCCAGCGUCGGCCUGGAUGUUUACAUGUUAUCAGAAAUUCUUGGAGGUUAUGCAUGAUGUCAACUACAGAAGAGAAAUACAAUCCCCCCGUCAACCAGGCGGUCAAGAGGGAGUUAGAAGAUGAGUUCGUUGAUAAGAGAGCAGUUACAAAGAAGUCGCGUCAGUGCCCUUACCUGGACACCAUUAAUCGUCAUAUGUUAGAUUUUGACUUUGAGAAGUUGUGCAGUGUGUCACUCUCAAGAAUCAAUGUGUAUGCCUGUCUAGUUUGUGGUAAAUACUUUCAAGGACGUGGACCCAAUACACAUGCAUAUACCCACAGUGUGUCAGAUGGUCAUCAUGUGUACCUCAAUUUGCAGUCACUCCGAUUCUACUGUUUACCUGACAACUAUGAGAUUAUUGAUUCAUCUCUUAAUGACAUUAUAUAUGUUGUGAAUCCAACCUUCACAAAAGAAUACAUUGCAAAGAAAGUAAACCAGAGCAAGAUGAGCAGAGCAUAUGAUGGUACUCUUUACCUGCCUGGCAUUGUGGGCUUGAACAAUAUCAAGGCUAAUGAUUAUUGUAAUGUAGUAUUACAGGCUCUGUCAAAUAUCACACCUCUAAGGAACUACUUCCUAGAUCCCAAUAACUACAGUCACAUUCACCAUGCACCAGGUACAAAGGGACUGGCAAUGUUUCCUCUCAUUACAAGAUUUGGUGAAUUGGUUAGGAAGUUAUGGAACCCAAGGAAUUUCAAGGCUCAUGUCUCUCCUCAUGAAAUGUUGCAAGCAGUAGUAUCAUGCAGCAGAAAGAAGUUCCAGUUCACAGUACAAGGUGAUGCAAUUCAGAUUCUGUCCUGGAUAUUGAAUUCUAUGCACCUUGGUCUGAAAACACCAAAACGCAAGAGCACAAUCAUUUACCGUUGUUUUAGAGGGACCAUGAACAUCUACUCACAGAAGAUCCUUCCUGUUGAGAUAGAUGAGAAAGAGAGAAACCGUCUCUUGAAGUGUGAGGAGUACCAGGAAAAGAUGGAGGAAAGCCCUUUCCUUUAUCUUACAUGUGAUUUGCCUCAGCCCCCAUUAUUUAAAGAUGAAAAGAAGGAGAAUAUCAUACCACAGGUGAGCUUGUAUGUCCUCCUGAGUAAGUUUGAUGGCAAAACUGGGAAGGAGUAUCAGACUUACAAGGAAAACAUCUUGAAGAGAUUCCAACUGACUGGCUUGCCCCCAUACCUCAUCCUGUACCAUAAGCGAUUCACAAAGAACACUUUCUACAUUGAGAAGAAUCCAACAAUUGUCAAUUUCCCUGUGAAGAAUAUUGAUUUGACUGAGUAUUUGACUGAGGAGGUGAAGCAAAAACACCCAGAACCCAUUUAUGAUUUAGUGGCAAAUAUUGUGCAUGAUGGUGAGCCAGAGGCAGGGACCUACAGAUGUCACAUACUCCACAAGGGCACAGGGAAGUGGUAUGAACUGCAAGAUCUUCAUGUUAAAGAAAUUGAGCCUCAGAUGUUAACUUUGACUGAAUCAUAUAUCCAGAUCUACGAGAUGCAAAAUUGUGUUGUAAAAACACAUGACAAAGAUGCAAAGGCAUGAGGUGAGAUUUCGAAGAGGAAACAAAAUUUUUGCAAAAUUUUCCAUUCCUAGGAUAUAUUCCAGCAAUAUACACAUUUUGUAAUAAGAAAUGGCCUUUUAAGAGCUAUUUAUUGACACUGUAUUUUUGAUAUGAUAAACUGGAGACCUAAAGGAGUGCAAUUAUAAAGCAGACUUCAUCUUAAGUGUGAAAGCUACAGACUAACUAGGUCUUUAGUUCUUUUUGUUAGUUUUCAGUUCUGUAUGAGAUCUUACAACAGGGUUGAUUCUUCCACACAUUAUUGACCUGGAGGAUAUAUUUUGCAAAUUACAAUUCUACCAUUAUUAUACUUUGUAAGACUAAAAUCUUGUUAAUAAAACACAUAUUGUUUG